GAUGACAAAAAGGUCAGCAAUGGUGAUUCUGUAAAACCGGAGGAGCCGAACUCAUCGGCGACCACCUCUUCUGCCGAAAAACCUGCAAGAGUAGUCCCUUCUGCGUCUACCAAGAGCGUGGCCAGCAGUCGGAUGACUACGCGGGCUCCCCGACACGGCGCAUCUGUUGAGAACACCGCGUCCUCCGUCUCGUCGCAAAACUGUCGCACUCGUUCUUCAGCCCGACCAGAAUCUGACCAAGCGGCGAAUACUCCACCAACCACCAGUGACAAUCUCUCCUCCUUUCUGGACACUUCGGCAGAUCAACUCGCAUCUAUGUCCCGACUUUCGGAUACUGACGGCGAGGCUGAGGAACUGGAGGAUGGAGAGGAGGAAGAGGGGGAAGAGGGAGAGGACGCCGUUGAGGAGGAAGAUGAGGAGGUCGAGGAACGCGAAACCAUGGAGAUAGUUAGCUAG